ACGAGCGCACAAAGGACUCGAGUGAGUUACACCAUCCCUGGGUUCAGGAACCGGAGGUUACAGUUAGCUGGGCUGCCAUUGGCUUUCCAAAUCAGGUCCAGCCAGAGCAAUGCUGAAUGCAAGAAGCGUCCUGGUGACUGGAUCCAACCGGGGCAUUGGCCUGGAGCUGAUCCGGCAGCUGCUGGGGAACAGCAAGCGGCCAGAAUGGAUCUUUGCAACCUGCCGGGACCCAGAGGGACCACGUGCCCAGGAGUUGAAGAAGUUGGCUGCUCAACAUCAUGAAGUGAAGAUCAUCCCCCUGGAGAUUACAGACUCAUCCAGCAUCCAGGCUGCUGUAACCAAAGUCACAGAUCUUCUGCAAGGAGCCGGGCUGAAUCUCCUCAUCAACAAUGCUGGGAUGGCAAAGAGUAGAACUAUGGAAUCGGAGACGGCAGAGGACAUGGCCGAGGUGUACAGAAACAAUGUGAUAGGGCCCAUGAUGGUGACCCAGGCAUUAUUCCUGCCCUUGCUGAGGAAGGCAUCCCGGGAAAGCCGCCAGAAAGGGAUGAGCUGCAGCAAAGCUGCCAUCAUCAACGUGUCCAGCGAAGGCGGCUCCAUCACCAACAUCCUCAUAUUUGACCUUAUGCCGUGCGUUAGUUACCGCUGUAGCAAGGCGGCUCUGAACAUGCUCACUCGGUGCCAGUCGCUGGGAUAUGCGGAAGACGAGAUCCUGUGCAUUGCAUUGCAUCCCGGAUGGGUGCAGACGGACAUGGGAGGUUCAAUUGGGCAGGCCACUAUGCCUGUGGAUGCAAGCGCAAGAGCCAUCCUGAACACCCUCGGUCGUCUCACUGAGAAAGACAACGGCACUUUUGUGAACUGGGAGGGGGCAGGCGUGCCUUGGUGAGAGACGGAUCCUGCAAGGAAAAGAGCCCUCUUCGUUUGCUUCCUACCUGGAGGAGGUGUGGCUGCAGGAGGCAAACCACUCAAUCGGUUCCUUCGUCUUUUC